UUACAGUUACCACUUCAAUUAUCAAUCACUGAUUACCAGCCAAACAGAUUGGGUUGCAUCCUACUAGAAGAGCAGUCAUUUCUUGGGUUUGUUCAAUGAUGAGGAUCUCUGAAUCAGUCCUGGACAUGGAGAUGGCAAAUUAUAGUGAAGUCUUAGACCCAAGCUACACGAGUUUGGAGUUUGAAACGAUGCAGGUCUUAUAUAAUGGCAAUGAUAGUUGCUCAACGGAAGCGCUCAAUAUGAACACUGCAGACAAUGGAGUUGGUGGCCUUUGUGCAAUAUGUGGAGACAGAGCGACGGGCAAGCAUUAUGGUGCUUCCAGUUGUGAUGGGUGCAAGGGUUUCUUCCGACGCAGCAUACGCAAGAAUCAUGUUUACACCUGCAGAUUUAGCCGGCAAUGUAUUGUUGAUAAGGACAAGAGAAAUCAAUGCAGAUACUGUCGUUUAAAAAAGUGUUUCCGUGCUGGGAUGAAGAAGGAAGCUGUGCAAAAUGAACGGGACAGGAUAAGUACAAGACGGAGCACGUCCGAUGGUAGUAACAGUCCUUCUAUUAACACGCUGUCCCAGGCUGAAGUUCUUUCUCGUCAGAUCCCUAUUUCGAGCCCUGGUGGUGGUACUGAUAUCAAUGUUAAGAAAAUUGCCAGUAUUAAUGAUGUCUGUGAAUCAAUGAAGCAACAACUUUUGGUCCUUGUAGAAUGGGCAAAAUAUAUUCCAGCUUUCUGCGAACUACGAUUGGAUGAUCAGGUUGCUCUGCUGAGAGCACAUGCUGGAGAACACUUGUUGCUGGGAGCAGCAAAGCGCUCUAUGGUUUACAAGGACAUUAUUCUUUUAGGCAACAAUUUUGUCAUCCAUCGCAAUAGUUCUGAAAUUGAGAUAAGCCGAGUAGCAAACCGGAUUUUGGAUGAGAUAAUACGACCAUUUCAAGAAAUUCAGAUUGAUGACAAUGAAUAUGCUUGCCUAAAAGCCAUCGUCUUCUUUGAUCCAGAUGCAAAAGGACUGAGCAACCCAACAAAGAUCAGGAACAUGAGAUUUCAAGUCCAGAUCAGUUUGGAGGAUUACAUUAAUGACCGCCAGUAUGACUCCAGAGGACGGUUUGGGGAGCUGCUGCUACUUCUGCCUACUCUCCAGAGUAUUACCUGGCAAAUGAUUGAGCAAAUACAGUUUGUGAAGCUGUUCGGAAUGGUUAAAAUUGACAGUUUACUUCAGGAAAUGUUACUAGGAGGGACAUCCAAUGAUGCCACAAAUCUUCAUCCAGUUCAUCCUCACCUAGCCCAAGAUCCAGUCACUGGGCAAACCCUGCUCAUAAGUUCAGUGUCUGCUCCUAUACAUACAGAACAGAUCUCAACACCUGAAACUCCACUACCUUCUCCUCCACAAGGCUCAGGCCAGGAAUACAAGAUACCUACAAACCAAGUUACGGUUAUUUCUCAGCAAUCUCUUCCAAAACAAAAGCCAUUGUGAUAUUGAUCAAUACUUCUUUUUGUGGCACAAGCACUGUAUUAAAACAUCACUACUCUGGAUGCUGAAAACUCAGGAUAGAUAAUUUAGACCUGCUAUUAAAAACACAAAUACUGUUCCAUUUGGAGAUGGGUUUUUCAUCAUCUUUGCUAGCUUCCCACCACCACCACCACCACCCCCCCCUCCAACAACCUCGAAUUCAGAUGUAAUUUGUGGAUGCUAGAAGGUGACUGGGGGAAAAAAAGAAAUAUUUUCAUUGUUUGCAAUGCCUUUGAAUAAUAAUUGAAGAGGUUUAAUUUAUUGUCCUUUUAUACAUAUGUCAUCUUCCAAAGUUUUGAAGUAUGUAUUUCUAGCAGAAUGUAAAGCCUGAUUUUAAUAAAAAUGCAGACUGAAAUUUAGAAAUAAUGAAACAGCAGAAGCCAGCAGUUUUAACAGUUAAUCAAAGCAAGUGUCUCAUUUUCUUGAAUAUACAGUAGAGAUUGGAAGCCAAAAUACUUCCUGCCAGCAUCUGAUGUGACACAUGUGCUCAUCUAAUAUAUUAAGUCUGAACACAUGUAUGUGGAAGAAGCUGCACUAAUUUCAAUGGCAUCAAUAAAGCCACUGCAUUUACUUUUUAGAGGGCCCUUUUUAGAGAGUCAGUGACCUGAAAAAUAAGGAAUAUAUAUUUAAAUUUCAGAAUAGGACAUAUGAAUGGUUUGGAAUUUUAUAAAUAUAAAAAAAUCCUGAGCCUGCUUUGCGGGAAGGACAGGAUAAAAUUGAAAUAAAUAAAUAGUUAUGCUAGAGUUUAGAGACAUGGAGUGGGAUAUGAUAAAGAAGUGGGGGGCCCAAAGGGACUUGUGGGGGACAUCUCAUUUUUAUGUUUGUUUCACAAGUGACAACAAUUAAGAUAUAUGUUACAGUGCAAUCAUAUGCAGAGUUACUCCAGUCUACGUCAACUUACUAUCAUUUUCCAGAAAACUAUCAUAGCAUCCCCCCUCUUCCCACUUUCUUCUCUCCUUCCCCCUUGACAGCCAACCUCCAGUCUUUGGAUUUAAGUAUCUCCAGAUUCCAGCCAUAAUGAGAAUUAGAUAUAUGGAUGAUAAAUUUAAGAAGGGAAGUUUUGUGACACUUAUAGCUCUGUGCUAUGGAUGUUUACUCAGAAUCAAAUUCCACUGAUACUGGAGAAACUAAAUAUUAAUAGGAUUACACUUUUCUAUCAUAUAAUGUUGGUAUGCCAUUGAAAAUUCAAUCAUAUUGUCAAGCUUGACAGUAUAGCCCAAUUUAUUGCUAUUCUGUUAUAUUAUAAGGAAGGGUUUUUAAAAAUAUCUUUCUCUGAAACAUACUACUUCCUUUUGUUUCUGCACUAUGCUGUGGGAGUUUUCAUAUUGUUUUCAAGCCCAGAUAAUAAAUUGUU